UCCUAGCACAGGAGUAAUGUUCCGAAAAUGAAUCUAUAUAAAUAUAUGCCUCCUCUACCCCCGUCAGUAGGUUUCUUGAGUUUCUCAAGAAAACAAACUCCUUAACCUAGCUUCUGAAUACUUGGCUUCAUAACAAGACCAUCAUUAGCUUAUCAAUACCUUUCCACAGUAAGAUAUCUUCGCAAAAAUAGUCCCAUCUCUUAAUAUUUUUAUAUCUUACUUCAACCUCUUACUACCUACCUACCCACCUACCUACCUAGGUAUCUUUACAAGGUAGCUAGCUGCUUGACAGAAUGGCAUUCCAAGUCCCACAGCAACCGGCGCAGCCCUUCCGUUUCGGCGGCGGCCUCAACUACGCGUUCAGAUACAGCGCCAACGAUGAUUCCAGGGACGAAGAACUUGGCGUCACCUGGGACGAGUCCGACGAAGCCGUGGCCCAGGCCCGAGCCAGUCGGCAUUAUCUUCCAAAGUUCUGGAAGAUGAUGAUUCACAUCUUUAAGAGAAGCCCUUCGGAUUUGUUCACCUGGGGUCUUCGUAUCGGAGAGGACGAAGACGAGAUCACUAGGGACCUGUGUGAGCUCCUGACGCACGAGCUAUGGAACAAGGACCUGGCGCUCUUCCGGUACUGUCUACAGAAGGCAGUAUACCUCCGCGUCAGAAACCACGUCGAGCCAUUUGGCUUCUUCCGACCAGAGUUCUUGGAGCCCGUGUUGAAAGUGGAGAAGUGCUUGGUGGACGAGGAGCCCAGAGAGCAGGACGUCGCGAUGGCGAACGCGGUUUACGAUGCCUGGGUAACAACCGCGAGCCAGAUGGAGAUAUCGGUCGCGCCGUUCAUGUGGGAGCUGAAGAACAUCAUCAAGGGAACCGAAGUGACCGGCACGGAGGAAGAAGAGAAGUUCUUCGUCCUGGAAAAAGUCGACAUUUUCAACAUGCGCAAAGCCGCGGACUACCUCUGCGACAAGGGGCUGUAUAAAAUGCGGACGGACAUGUACUAUGUCUGCUACAUCCGCACGUGGUCCAACCAAUGGCCGACCCUACAGCCAUACAGCACUGAGAUGCUGGCGGAGUGCGAGAAAGUGGUGAUUCUCAAUAGACGCCGGGCCCGCGCGAUGGGUCGACCGGAUAUUCCGGGUAAUUGUCACGAUGUCUAUACGCGCAUCCCAUACUGGAACAGUGAGAAGUGCGUCGAUAGUCGGUACCGGGAGGCCAUGCAAGAAUAUGGCGAUUUGUGGACUGUUGGCUCCGCGGAGCAAGUCCAGGAACAGCCUGGCCGGCCUGGUAAGGAAGAAGCAGGUGAUGAGAUGGAGACUUUUUGAUGGCCUGUAGGGGAGAUUUAGCUCAUCGUACAUGGAGGAAUUUAUCUACCUACCUUAGAUAGUGAGUUAAUCUUAUCCCGAAUAGUACGGAGACUACACCAAUGGAUUGAUUCGGCACCUGUCUAGUCUUGAGUCAGUUGCAUCACUUGCAUUAGUUGCAGUCUAUGCUGCAUAUAUGUAUCGUAUUGGGACAGGAUCAAUUGAGGGGUUUCCAGCAUAGCUGC